UUGAAUAGUAAUUCAAAGAUGGCUGUCGAGACUACGGUAUAAGUCAGUGGUGCAGUGUGCGCGUUGGACGUGGAUUGUUCUUUAUUUUUGUGUUCGCGUGGUGUUCGGUUAUUUUUAAGUGUAGUUACCUGUCAAGUUUCUAGUAGAGUCUCCGUUUCACGUGCGAGUCUUCUAAAAGGACAAUAGAUCUCGUCGUAAUGGGCCGUUCCAGAUCCAGAACGAAAUCGCCGAGCAGGAGGCGUCACAAGAGCAAGCACUCGAGGAAACGCUCCAAAUCGCGAGAAAAACAUUCUAACAAUAAAUACUCCGAAAAACCAAAGGAACGCAGUUCAAAAUCGAGGAAACGGUCCCAUUCUGCAUCCUCCAGUACAGGUUCAGAUGCGUCAGAUGAUGUACAUAUUGUCAGUCACAAAAAACGUUCAUAUAGGGAUAGGGAUCGCAAAAUGGAUGAGGUAGAGAGGUUGGCAGAAAUGGAGCGGCAAAGGAAAAAGAAAGAAUUAUCGAACAAAAUCUUCACUACGAGUGCUGUUGGAAGGCAACGUGAAGUGGAGCAAAAAAUGGUUGAGGAGGAGGCUGCCAAACGAAUCGAAGAAUUAGUGCAGAAGAGGGUGGAAGAGGAGCUAGAAAAACGUAAGGAGGAAAUAGAAGCCGAAGUACAAAGGAGGGUAGAAGAAGCGAAAAGGGCGAUGGAGCGUCAGAUGAUGGAGGAAAUGGAAUGGAGACAAGCAAAACUUCGUGAGGAGGAGAAACGGAGAGAGGAGGAAGAGCGGAAGAAGCGAGAGGAACUAGAGAGGAUCGUGGAGGAGAACAACAGAAAAAUCGAGGAAGCCCAGAAGAAAUUGGCUGAGGAAAGAUUGGCCAUGGUCGAACAGCAACGUUUGAUGGAAGAGGAGAGGCAAAGAAUGAGGAAAGAGCAAGAAAAACGUGUGAAAGAGGAGCAAAAGAAAAUUCUCGGGAAGAACAACUCGAGGCCUAAAUUGUCCUUUACGCUAAAGCCAGUUACGUGAGUCUCUGUCCUCAUUUCGUGCAGUUUUACAUGUGAUAUUUAUACGUCUUGUCGGUUUUUCUGGGGGAUCGUUUGUAUUCCGUAUAAACAGUCGUCGCAAGCUCCCACCCGCCGCGUAUAUAAUUACGUACAGAAAUUCCGCAGCGACAAGAUCCAAAGCUCACCCGAAUGUAUUUGCGAUGCAAGUCGAAGCCUGGCGAUGUUGAAUUGACUUAUUCGAUUCUGCCGGCGUAUCGCGUCAAAAUCGAAUAAUUGAUUCUAUGCUCGCUGGAUUUCGAACCUCGAUACAGAUGGGAUUUUUCAACUUUUUUCGAAACCACACCGAUAUCGAUGCAGACGAGCGUUUCCUUCGCGUAUGUAAGAUCAUAGAAGCCAGUACUUUUGUCUAUUCGAUUGAGAAAUGUUGUACAUUUUCGUUUUCUUUCUAUCUCUGUCCUUAUUUUUGAAUUCAACCAGAACUAAUAAUAUUCUUCUGCUUGGUCUGCCCGAUAGAAGUGUGGCGCAGCCUAGCUAGGUGUGUUCUACAAAUUGCUAACAGUGCAAUUUCUAUAUAAAUAUAUAGAUAUACAUAUAUAUAAUUCCGGUUCACUGUAAUUAUAUUACAUUGAAGGAGACGGAUAAUAAUUUUACUUUCAGUUAGACAUUUACGAAACAUGACUCUCGUAUUAAGCUCGCGUUUCGAACCUCGAUAAUGGCAGUUGGUAAACGUUUUUCGAAACGGUCAAUAUUAUUCGUACGACCAACAUAGAUUUUGUAAUUAAUUACGAUGGCAUAGAUGAAUUUUCUACGAGAAACAAAUAGACACGUUUAUCGUGCGACUGUAACACGUAACCUUGCGAACCAGGUUUCGAAGCAAUAGUAACACGGAGAGCUAGUGUCCUUUUUUUUUCUGGCACGAUGUGCCGAGUAUCGGAACGGACAGUGCACGUCUCGAAAAGUCAAACGCGGAGGGAUACGGUUCCGCUGUGAGAGAACGAAAGAGAAUGUUCUUUUUCUAAUCAAAAUUAAAAGAGUACGACGCAAACGCCGGUUAAAGAAAUACGAACGAACAUGAAUGGAUCAUUUUGUACGUACAGAAACGUAUGAAUGCAGCCACGAACAAGAAUGUCUCUUGUACGCAAUCGUGUAUAGAUGUGUAUUAAUUAAACAAACAAACCAUCUGUUCAUAUAGGAUUGUAUACCCGCAACAUUGUUACUUGUAAAAUA